UAAUAACCGCGUGAGAAAAGAGAAUAGAGACGGGGGCUGCUCGGUUUAGCUACUUCAGCUAGACGCGCCAUGAUGGCCGCUGCUUCACCUGCCGCUAAGCCGCUACACUCAGCCCUCGCCGACCACCAGACCCUCACCUCGCCAGGCUCAGGCCACAUUUCUAUAGGAGGAUCGGUGGUGCCAGCGUCAGCGGAACGUGAAGGCAGGAUACACUGGGGACACGAAGAUGUGCUCAACCUGGUGGCCAAGGUUGGGCAGCACUGGCAUGAGUUUUGUAGUGGGGUACGCAAGAAGAAAUUUAUCUGGAAGGACAUUGCGGCAAAGUUAAUCCACGAUGGGUUUUCCAUCACGGGCGAUGACUGUGACCGCAAGUGGAGGAACUUGAAGAUACGGUAUAUGGCAGUAUUAGAGAAACAACUGUGUGGUGAAAAAACUGGAUACCGAAUUGAUUACUUCGACAGUAUCCACGCCUUCCUCAAAGAUGAUCCAGACACACAGGCUUUUUUAGAACAAAGACGUGUCCAGCAGGAUUCAAAGGACAUUGGAAGACAAGUUGAACUGGAUGAAGAUGAAUUCUCAGAUAUCACUUCUGAUGGUCCCAUGGAAUGGACAGACAAGUCAGUACAACUGCUUCUUGACUUGCUGUUAGAAUUUAGAGAUUGGUUCACUGAUAAAGACCCAGAUCGUGAUGACAGCACUAUUUGGGAGACGGUAUCAGACCAAAUGAAGAUGGAGGGGCACCAACCAGGACCAGAUCAAUGCAAGCGAAAGUGGACCAAUCUGGCACUGGGCUUCGAGCACCACAAGGCUGAGGCAGAAGCCACAGGGACAGUGCCGUUGUGGCCUUAUUACACUCGGGUCAGACACGUUAUGAACCUUGUUGGUCUUCCCGCUCCAGAUAAUGAAGGCAGAAAUAAAUUGAAGCGAAGAAUAAGAGGUACACAGAAUAGUCCUAAGAAGAAGAGCCAAAGAUACUUCAAGCAAGAAAUAGAAGAUAUGGAUGAAAGUUUAUUAGAGGAAGCUGUUGAAGAACCUGUGGACAAGAUGGAGCCAUCCACCUCAUGUGGGGCAUCAGGAGGAUCUGUAAAAUUAACUGGUACUCCAAAUGGUGUUAUUUUGCCAGGUGAAAUUAAAGAGGUAUGUCAAAGAUUAGAACGUUUAGAAAAGAAUGUGGCAAUCUGCCGCAGACUUGAUCGCCUAGAAGCCAGGCUGGACGAUACAGCACAACAAAGGGAAGCACAACAGCAAACAAAUUCAUUACUAGCUCAGGUUUUAUCCGAAUUAUCACGCCUUAGUCGCACGUUGAGUACGCGGUACCAUCAUUCAGGAUCAGGACAAGAUCAUGCAGACUUGGGUGGGGGUAUUACAAUAGUAGUACCUCAUUCACAACACUUAGAGUGAAGUUUGGUUUUUAAAAAUACUGUAUAGAUUUGACACACAUUUAAUAUAUUACUCAUAUUAACCCUCGAGCUGUGUGCCUGUUAUUCCUUUACAAUCCUGUGGUGUGCAAGGAAAAAAAUAAAUUAAACAAAAAUUUGUUUUAUUUUAAGAUUUUUAAAAUGCAGCCUCUGAUCACAGGAAAAAAAAUUUGUAUGCAACAUACUUUGGCAGUGAUGGAGCGACGAAUUCUGGCAAUUUACAGACUUUGAGCACUUGACCACUGCCGUCUGUCCGAACCCACCAUGGGGUGGGAGUUUCCUUGAAAAUGUAUUUACAUGUUUAUUUCAUUGUCUGUUUUUUUUUUUUUUUUUUUUUUUUAAGUAAUAUUCAGUUGUGUGUAAUUUGAUAAAUUUAUGUAAUAAAAUGUGUGGAUUGUAACUAUAUUGUACUAAAAAAUAUGGUGUGCAUAUUAGUGAUACUGUUACAGUAUUACUGUAUAUUCUCAGACCAAUAAAGUAUUUUUGCUGUUA